CGUAGAACAGGCGUAUCGCAAGAUAAGCAAACCCAAAGCUAUGGCUCGCGGGACUGCAUUCUUGGCGUUGGCCUCCGGGCUGAUGCUCGAGAGGUUUGAUUAUUUUCGUUUCAUCACCCCAACUGCUGUAGUUUCUCGCCUGAGAAGCCGUAGGCGUCCUGUUUACUUCGUGGUGGCUUGUAGUGGUUGCGUGUAAGUAGUAGGACUUCCCCGCGACUCUGUUUAAUCAUUUUUUCGUUCUGAGAACACGUUCCCCGGCCCUUUCUUCACCUUUGUUCUCUCUCUCCUUGGAAUACAUUGUAUGCGCCGUCAGGUCGAUGGCGGUGAU